AUGGGCCUCUUCAGUGCCUUGAAUACCCUCGCUCAUGGAGCGCAGCCUGAUAGCUAUAUUAGAAAAAAGAGUUAUCAAUUCGAAAAAGAACUCGGUCGCGGAUCAUUUGGAUAUGUCAAGCAAGCAACUCGCCUUGACGACGGUUUACAACUAGCUAUCAAGGUCAUCCCCAAACGACUCGUUAAAGGCCACUUUGACUUGGUGCUAUCAGAAGUGAACGUGCUCAAAGAUCUCAGUCAUCCCAACAUUAUCCGAUUGUACGAGACAUUCGAAUCACGAGAUAAAUUUUAUAUGGUAUUUGAGCUAGCUACAGGUGGCGAGCUAUUUGAACGAUUACUCGAGUUUGGCAAGAUUGCAGAGAAGGAUGCGAUUGGUAUAGUCCGAUCCGUGUUGCACGGCUUGCAAUACUUACAUUCCAAAAAUAUCGCUCAUCGAGACAUCAAGCCAGAGAACUUGCUCUUCAAAGAUAAAUCGCCCAAUGCUGAGCUUGUCAUUUGUGACUUUGGCAUUGCUAAGAAGCUCACCGACCCACCAUCAUCGGUGCUGGACACUCUUUGCGGUUCUCCUCUUUAUGUUGCACCUGAAGUUCUCGAGCGAAAAGCAAAUGGCUGUCCAGUCGACAUUUGGGCUAUGGGCGUAAUUACCUACAUGAUAUUGUGUGGAUAUCAACCAUUUCAAGGAGGUAAAGAUCAAAAAGACCAAAAAGAGCUGAAUUCGCAAAUCACGAAUGCCAAAUAUGAAUUUCAUGAGCGGUAUUGGAAGAACAUUUCGCAGGAUGCAAAAGACUUUAUUCAGCAGUUAUUGUCUUUGGAUCCUAGUAAGCGACCCACUGCCACUGAAGCAUUGAAACACCCAUGGUUGACAGCAAAAUCCUCAUCAGCUGCUGAUACCACUACACAAGCGGCUGCAUCAUCAUAG